AUGUGGAGAGCUAGCUUGGAUAGGCUUGCUACCAAGGAAGCUCUUCGGUAUCGUAACAUUAAUGUUGGAGUUGGUGCGUGUGCCUUAUGCAGCGAAGUAGAAGAGACGGUGGAUCAUUUGUUCUUCGGUUGUAGGGUUGCUUGUGGUGUGUGGGACGCUAUCGGGUCAUGGUGCAAGGUCCCUCGGUUCUUUGUUUUCUCGUUUUCUGAUGUGUUACAUGCUAUUGACGAUUUGCCUUACACAAACAAGAAGAAGGAGAUUCUACGCGGCAUCAUUGCUAUUGCUUGUUGGCAAAUUUGGAAGGCUAGGAACGAAAAGGUUUUUAACGGUUUAGAUAUUAACGUGGUGCAUAUUGUCUCGGAUGUCAAGUCUUUGGCGUAUCUUUGGUUUAAGAGUAGACAUAAGGGGGGUUCGAUAGCUUGGAGAAAUUGGUGUAUGUUUGAUUUUCCGUUGAUGUAA